UUGGCUUGAGAGAUCAAAACGACGAGUCGCGCUGAUCAAGAGAAAUAACUAGCCACGCCAUCGUUCCUCGUCUCAACUGUUGCUGCUCCCGAUGCCCUAACCCAAUCGUGGCUCGUGGUCGUGGAAUCGCCGUCACCGACAAACCCUAAUUCGAGCUCAAAUAUGAAAAGGGCAAUGCCUUGGAGUGAUGAGGAAGAGGACUCAUCUGAAGAAUCAUCAUCGCUUUCAGAUAAUGAAUCUGAUGAUGGCGUUGGGAAGAUGAAAGAAAAGACUAAAUCUAGGAGUGAACAAUCUUCCCAAGAUUCAGGGAAAUCUGGAAAGCAGAAGAGUGGUGGAAUGAGUUUUGAAGCAUUGAAGCAACACGGUUUCCAGGGCGGGUUAUCGGUCUUAGGAAUGCCCCCUCCAAAAGACGAGGAUGAGCAGAAAGACUGGUCGUGGUCCACUGGGAGGGAAGGUCGUAAGACCGAGGAUGCCGAGGAAUCAUACAAAGAGCGGCAAAGAACAAGAGCUGCGCUAGCAUCUGGAGAGCAAUUGGCGGAUGUUCAGACCCGGAAAGAGAAAAAGAAUCUUUCUUUCUCGCAGAAGGAAAAGAGGAAGAGAGAGCUUGGUCAGGCCAGCAGAGGGAAGAAUUAUGUCGAAGAAGAGAAGAGGCUAUUGAGAGAGAGUGGUAUUUACUCUGGCUUUGAUUCAUGAACUUUGAUCUCGUUCCAAAAGGAUGUAAAUUUGAGAUGUGGAUUUGCUGAUCAACUUCUAAUUGGUGGCCUGUCCUUCAUGUCGAAUGUUAUCUGCAAUGUAACAGAAGAAAGCGCACUCAUUUAUA